UCCCUCCCGCGGUCCACCGACGCUGCGACCCACGCGUGCUUCUGAGAACAGCGAGGAGGGGAGGGGGCGGCCGUGCACCGAGACCCUAUAAAUCGGAAUGGUCCCAUCGGGCGGCAUUCAGCGUCGCAGCAGCACUCGCAGUCGACACCAUGAAGAGCUUCGCCGUCCUUGCCGUGUUCGCCGUGGCCGUCGUGGUGGCCAGCCUGACGCCCUCCGUCCAGGCCAGCCCCGUCGCGCCGAUGCAGGACAACGCCGACCCAGUGGCGGACGACGAGGCCCAGCUGGUGCCCGAGCCCUACGCAGAAGACCGUGCCGACCGCCACGCCCGCGCCACCUGCGACCUGCUGAGCUUCUCGUCCAAGUGGGUGACGCCGAACCACUCCGCCUGCGCGGCACACUGCCUCGCCAUGAGGAAGGGCUUCAAGGGCGGCCGCUGCGAGAACGCAGUCUGCGUCUGCCGGAAGUGACGGGACCCGCCCCCGGCCCAUUCAUUUUAUUUAUUCCAUGUUUCUGCUGUGACCUUUUAAUUUAAAAAUAUACUUUUGAUCAAGUCUGA